AUGAAGAAGCCUCUCAUUGAUCAGCUGCAGCUUUCAGACCGUCCUGUUUAUGACGCUGUGUUCCUGAAGCCUGAAUUAGCUGAGAGCCACAGAAAGAUGGUGCUUAAUGCUAAUGCGCUGCUGCUGCUGCUGCUGCCGGCGGCGGCGGCCGGCGGUGGAUCAGAGGUCCUCUCCAGUGGCCACUUUGCCUCGACGCUUUCAUCCAGCGCAGCUUCUCCUUCUGUGUUCCAGUACCGGAUCGGGCAGCUCUACAUGAUCAGUAAACACAGCAAUGAGCAGAGCGAGCGAGGGGAAGGCGUGGAGGUGGUGCAGAACGAGCCGUACGACGACCCGGAGCACGGAUCGGGCCAGUUCACCGAGAAACGGAUCUACCUCAACAACAAGCUGCCCAGCUGGGCCCGAGCUGUGGUCCCGAAAAUAUUCUACGUCACAGAGAAGGCUUGGAACUACUACCCAUACACCAUCACAGAGUACACGUGCUCCUUCCUGCCCAAGUUCUCCAUCCACAUAGAGACCAAGUACGAGGACAACAAAGGCAGCAACAACAAUAUUUUUGGCAGGGAACCCAGGGAGGAGGAGACGGAGGUGUGCUUCGUGGACAUCGCCUAUGACGAGAUCCCCGAGCGCCACUACAAGGAGUCUGAGGACCCUCGGCAUUUCAAGUCGAAGAAGACGAACCGAGGGAUUCUGCAGGAAGGAUGGAUCGACUCCCAGGAACCCAUCAUGUGCUCCUACAAGCUGGUCACAGUCAAGUUUGAAGUCUGGGGCCUGCAGACACGAGUGGAGCAGUUUGUCCACAAGGUGAUCCGAGACGUCCUGCUGCUUGGACACCGGCAGGCCUUUGCGUGGGUGGAUGAGUGGAUCGAUAUGACCAUGGAGGAGGUGCGAGAGUACGAGCGAGCCACACAGGAAGCCACCAACCUGAAGAUCGGCACCUUCCCUCCGACCAUCUCCAUCUCAGAGACCCCGCUGCCCUCCAGCGCCCGCAGCGGACCCAACAGCGCCCCGUCCACCCCCCUCUCCACCGAGGCCCCGGAGUUCCUCUCAGUCCCCAAAGAGCGGCCCAGGAAGAAGUCUGCUCCGGAGACCCUGACCCUGCCGGAUCCGGGCCGCAGGGACUCCCUCUUCAAGCUGCCCAGCUUCUUCUCCUGGAACUCCAGUCCGCAGCCAGAAUGAAGAAGCUGCUGCAGCGCCGUGGAACGCCGUCGACCCGCGGAUCAGUGGAGGAUGCCUGCCCAGCACAUCCCACAAAGCCCCCUCAGCCAGCUGAAGUGAAGGAGACUGUCCUGGUGGUCCCAGCCCCUCAGCAGAGCGUUGCAGCAGCGUCCACAGCUCUCAGCCUGGUCUCAAACAGCAAACAGUCCAGCGAGGUGUAGAGGUUUCGUCCGUCCCAGCGAGAGUCAAACAAAAGCAGCUCCUCAUUUUUCUCGCCUCCUGGUCAUCAGUCAGCAUGGAGUCCAAGCGGCCUGCUGAGUGGAGCCAACAUUCCUGGAAGCAUCCCACAGAGCGCUGCCUUGUUCUAUCCAGGCUCAGGGUGCCAGAUUCAGCCACUGCACGUUAAAUUCACCUGUACAGAAUUAGGUUUCCUCUUCCUGCUUUACCGUUAAACAUGUGGCUGUGUUGCCUGCAGCUUGUGCUGUGAUGUCUGUGUUUCUGUGGUCGGGACAUUGUGACAGAGUCCUGCUGGGCCCUGUGACCGCUGAGUGUUAUGGUUCCACACUCAGGUGUGUCUUGUACAUACAUGCUGUAUGAACGUUGUUUAACCAGUCAAAUGUCCGUACUUUAAAAAGAUUAUCAUAUCCAGUGGCUUUGGAACGAUGCUUUUCAACAGACAGGACUCUUCAUCUUCUCUAAGUGUUUGUUUAUGGCGACGUCUUCAUGUAAUCGCAUGGUUCUGACCGCUGAGGCGGCUUUGAAAUAUUUGUGAAUUGGUUUUCUUUGUUAUCUCAUACUUGAUGUUGUGUUUUAGUUUUUAAAGACUGGUCAUGUGGUGUUGUUUUGCUGCUAUAUUCAGAUCAGCUGUUCAUUUUCAGUCCUACUGUUGGUGGGUUUUAUAGUCAGUGAAUGAAGUUAAAUUAAAUGCUGGUGCAUCCA